CGCAAGAGGCAUCGUCCUGAAUAGCUGCAUAGCUUUAUCGGUAUCCCGAGUAUUUAAACACCACCAGAAGAGUUGCCCCUAAAUUGGUCAGAAUUUAUUCGAUCCCACAAUCGUCUUAGUCGAAUCAACAGGCAGAAAAUAUCCACUGAGAUUCUCAGUUAAAAUUCGAAAAAUAACAGUACAUCGAAUUUGCCCGUUUUUGUAUAAGAGAGAGCCAGAAGACAGUUCAAUUUUCCAAACGAAUCCGGUAUAUUCCCCUGUACCCAUACGUUAUACUGAGUAUGGAUUUUAGAGAUCCCCAAGACAACGCUGUCUCGACCUGGCAUGAGGACGAUAUCGAACAGGAUGAUAUCAUUGACGGCUUGCCCUGGACCACUGAGCACCCAAGACCUCCCUCCCCAUUGGAAGAUGGCAAUAUCGUUUCCAUGGAUGGAGCCAUAGAUCGUUGGGGAAAACGUAAGAGAUUCCCGGUAGCAGCCAUAUUUAUUCAUGCCGGGGCCGGGUACCACAGCGUUGCCAAUGAGAGCCUGCACCUGGAAGCCUGCAAUGAAGCUGCACGUCUGAGCAUAAAACUCCUGCGGUCAGGCCAUUCGGCUGUGGAUGCUGUCGAGGCUGCUAUCAAAUCCCUCGAAGACAAGGAGAUCACCAAUGCUGGCUACGGAAGUAACUUGGCAAUUGAUGGGACGGUAGAGUGUGACGCCACCUUGGUCGAUCAUUUUGGUCGCAGCGGAGCCUGUGGUGCAGUUCCUAAUGUCAAGAAUCCAAUCUCUUUAGCCAAGAUUAUUCUCCUGUCUAGUAACAAGCCCCUUUCUUUACGACGUGUUCCUCCGAAUCUGCUCAUCGGAGAAGGCGCUAAGGAAUUUGCACGAGAAUCGGGAAUGAUAUUAAUUCCCAAUCAAUUUCUCGUGUCAAAAAAUGCUAGAGACCGUUACGUUAGAUGGCAGGAAGAUAUGAGGCGGGCAGAGAGCAAAACCUCUCUAUCUUUAGCACCUAACACAUACGACCGAGCUCUUGACGAUCAUGGUAGCGAAAUUCGCCAGAAUGUACACCCGGACCACACGACCGCUAUACUGACUGGAACAUGGAAUGAAGGACAGCCAGACUCUCUAGCUUUACCUUCUUCGCCAUGGGAUAAUGGGCCGUCAGUGUUACUAAAACUUAGUUCUGCUCCUCAAGUUUCACCCAAGAACCACGUCGAGCGCAGCUCGCUUAGCUUCUUGGGCUCACUUACAGGUUCAAAAACUGUGGCUGGAGAAAUAUCGUCUUCCACUUCAAAGCGCCCACGAUUCAGCCCAGGCCCAAAUAAUGAAUCUCUAAAGUCAGAUCCUAGUACGUCGAUAUCUAAGGGUUUAACCAAGACAACUCUUCAUGAUGAGACUAAUUCAAACGUCCCUGUGGACCUUCCCAUGCCCAAAGUUGGACAGGCUCCCACCACUAUGGCUACACCAUGUCUUGACAAGUCGCCACCAUUUAGGACUGCUGACCAUCAUAAGGAGGAUAAUAAAGAUGUCGAUGAAAUCACUGAUACAGUGGGUGCAAUUGCAAUCGAUAUGUCUGGAAAAAUUGCGGCCGGGUCAUCUUCAGGUGGUAUAGGCAUGAAGCAUCGAGGACGAAUUGGUCCGGCGGCCUUAGUCGGAAUCGGGACAGCCGUCAUUCCAAUCGACGAAAGGGAUCAAGACGGCAUCGCCGUCGCCGCUGUGACAAGUGGCACCGGCGAACAUAUGGCUACUACAAUGGCGUCGCAAAAAUGCGCUGAGAGAAUAUAUCAAAGGACGCGUCGUGGACCGGGCGGAAAAGAUAUAGCCGAGGAUGAUGAGAAUGCGAUUCUCCAAGGGUUCAUUGCUAAUGACUUCCAGGAACACCCAGGCGUCAAAUAUUCUUCCUCGGCUGGAGCCAUUGGCAUCAUGGCGGUAAAGAAGGGGCCGUUGGGGUACUAUUUAUAUUUCGCGCACAACACUGACUCUUUUGCCGUAGCCUCGAUGGGUUCUAAUGACAUUCAGCCAGCUUGUGUUAUGUCACGCAUCAAGGAAGGAAGUUCUGGUCUGGCUCGUAUUGCCCAAGGAGGCCGUAAAAUCCACAUAUGAGCUGGUUGUAUCACACAUUGAUAUUCGAUCUAUAAGGCUCGUUAUAUCAGACCGGAACUUUUUCCAGGGCUUACCGGCUUCUCUUCACUUCGUACCCAUCCGCUCACCU